AUCGCAAGAUUGUUAUCCGAUAUAGGAGGACAGUUGGGUCUAUGGGUCGGGGUCUCAGUCGUAACAGUUGUUGAUUUCACUGAGAGUGUUUCAUUGUUAGCCAAGACGUUGUAUCGUCGUAUUAGAGCAAAAUUCGUAAGAAAAACCCGCCGUCUUUCAACUGCUGGCGCAGGGCCUCGGCUUUCUGUCGACGCUUCCUACGCAGUUGAUACAAAAGGCAGUUGUAUCUUAAGUCCAAAAGGCUCUGCAUUGCGGAGCAAUCUUGGUUUAACUACCACGCUUAGCAGAAUAAGUACUAAAGUACCGCAUGUUGAUUUUGAAGAACCAUAUAAUUUUCCGAUAUAA